AUGGCCUCCUCAGCGACGGCGGCGGUACGCCGAACCGUCCACGCGACCAUGCACUCCCUGUCCAGCGCAUCCGCCGACUUGACCAAAGCAGCCAUAAACCUUCCCUCUACCUAUUCCAACUAUGUCACAUCAAACUCCUCCUCAGUCUCUACCAUUGAGAGCAGCCUGCGGUCCUUGACCUAUCUCCUUCCGGGCGCCCGGUUCCACGACACUGAACUCGCCUCGGAAUCAGUGCAUACUUUUGUUCAACUCUUGUCCAUUUAUCAUGAUCAUCUCCUUAAGAAGAGCGCCGCGUCGCUGGCGCUCACUCCUUCUGUUCUCAAAGUAAAAAAUGCCAAACUUCAGAGGCCGAAGCAAUCUCUCCAUGCUCGAUACACCACAUUCUGGACGUCGUCCUCGUCCCUCUAUAAUAAAAUCGCUACGGUCUUGAAGAUCGCGCAAUACACCGAACUGUUAUGGGAAAUGAUCGCUAGACGCCAAGGUGGUGAGAAGGCCAAGUGGCGCGUGGUGGUGCUGCUGGAGUCUUUCAAGGCCAUCUGUCGCUUGCUGUUGAUGCGCAUCACCCAUCUACGCCCAACGGUCACACCGCCUAUGCCGCUGAGAGAAGACUUUGCCCCGGUUGAACCGGAAGAACAAGAUGAAGAGCUUGACAUGGACGAACUGAAGUCGGACAAUUUCGACGUUAAAAAUGCUUUGGGCGAUGCCGGCGUCCCUACGCCACCACUCUCCGACUCUGGGAAGCAUCGCCCAUCCUCCUUGUCCAUCACCGAACCAUAUAGCAUGCCUCGCACGGGGUUUACCCUUCCUACUCUACCCUCCGCUGACACUGUCUCCGCCUAUCUUCUUAAUCAUGUACUCACAGCCGACGACGUCAAGCCCGCCAAACAAUUGCUCCAUCAACUGACCACUUUGCGAGGCCAGGCUGCCGAGAUCAUGUACAUCCUACGGCCUUUGGUCUACGCGCUGCUUAUGCAACGAGUCGCUCGUACCUACGGCUACGAAGGUAACAAGUGGAAACGCAACUGGACACCAUGGCUUGUGGGAAUCUCAAUUGAAUACUUUUCCCGCCAACUGGCAAAGAAAGACCUGGCGGCAAGAGUUCCAGGCGGGGCGCGAUCCGGUCUCUCCGCAUUGGAGCGUGACGAGUUGAAGAAGCGUGGCUGGCAACUCGCAUGGUGGGGCAUGCGAGGCGCCUUUUACGAGAACAUCACGAAAGUCUGGGUACAUGGUGCUGCGGCUUCGUUGAAGGGCAAACCCGUUCUCGACCUGGUUGGAGGAAUAAUCGAGGAAUAUGAGUUCCUAUGGAGCAAUUACUAUUUCAGCACGUCGACAAUGUGA